AUGGUUGUAAUAUCUGAAACUUCCGACGACGAUGGCUCUUGUGGUGACGUUCAUCUUCAUCAGAACAAGAAACGUAAAGAAGAAGAGAAUCGAAACAAGAAACGUAAAGAAAAGGUCAAGGUGUCAUAUACUACUCUACCACUUCCAGACGAUCUCAUCCUAAGAUGCUUCUUACUCGUUCAGAGAUGUCACCACUCAUCGCUCUCCCUCGUCUGCAGUUCCUUCCUUCAUCUCAUGCCAAAGCUCUACAACGAUCGCUUGCGUCUUGGCUACACUGAAAGCGUUCUUUAUGCCUACAUUGGAUUCCCUCCUCUUGAAAACCCUAGCUGGCACAUUCUCAAUCCUAAACCCUGUCGAAACUUGUCAAACACGGUAUCUUUAAGAUUGUGCAGAGUCGAUAUACUCCCUCCCAUGCCUUGGGGAUCUGCUAUUGUCACUAUCGGAUCGGAUAUCUAUGUGAUAGGUGGACGCGUAGGCGGCAAGAAACGAAUCUUGGAUAUGACUCUCAUCGACUGCAAAUUUCACAAGCAUCGCUCGCUCCCGAGAAUGAAGGUGGCUCGCUGCCGUGCAGCCGCAGGUGUAAUGGACGGAAAGAUUUAUGUGAUCGGAGGUUGCAAGGUACGACCUUCAGAUUGGGUUGAAGUCUUCGAUAUAGAGAAACAGAGUUGGAGUUCUGUUCCUGGUCCGUACCCUAAUGUGUAUAUGAGUGGAGAGUUUCUGACAUAUGCGGUAAUGAAGGAGAAGAUUUACUGUUUGGAUAUUUACUCCACUGCUCUUGUUUACGAUCCCAAGAGAGGUAAAUGGGACUCUGAACCUGGAUUGUUGAAUGUUCUGUGGAAUGAGUCGUACUGUGUGAUUGAUCAUUUGCUGUUUUCCAUCAAUCCAAUAUUGCAUUUCAAUGGAGAUGAUCCAAUAAACAUAUAUGAUUCAGAGCACAAGACUUGGUUCCCCUUGAAGGGUUUACAAGGUUUUCCAGAUAAUAUCCUUCGCGAUGAGUGUAAAAUGGCUAGUUUUGGUGACAAGUUGGUGGUUUUGGGAGCUGACGGCAAGAAAAGAGAGAUUUGGUGCGUAGAGAUUGCUUGGCAAAGAAAGGAAGAUGGUACAUUUUGGGGGAAGGUCGAAUCAGUCGCGGUUGUGCUGACACCACCAAAGACGUCUUCUGUUUACCUUUGCCGAACUGUUUCGGUUUGA